AUGGGCAAGAAGCGCGUUUUAGUUGGCUAUGGCAUUGACAUUGACGCAGUAUCCGGAUGGCUAGGCUCAUACGGAGGGGAGGACAGUGUCAAUGACAUUAGUCGAGGUCUCUGGGCAGGACAUAUCGGAACACCACGAGUGCUCAAGUUAUUGGAAAAGUACGGAAUCAAGGCUACAUGGUUCAUCCCAGGCCACUCCCUCGAGACCUUCCCAGAAGAGUGUGCAAUGGUUCGCGACGCAGGGCACGAGAUUGGUCUACACGGCUAUACACACGAGAAUCCGUCCAGUCUGUCAGUUGAGCAACAACGCGACAUCCUCGAUAAAACCUACAAUUUGUUGACCGAUUUCUGUGGGAAGCCUCCACGAGGCAUUGUCGCACCGUGGUGGGAGAGCAGUGCUGAAAUGGUCGAUCUUCUGCUGGCAUAUGGAAUCGAGUAUGAUCAUUCCAUGUCGCAUGAAGACUGCCAGAUGUACUGGCUGCGGACUGGAGAUACAUGGACGAAGAUUGACUACAACCAGAAGGCAGAGACAUGGAUGAAGCCCCUCGUCAGAGGAAAUACCACUGGUCUCGUUGAAAUUCCUGGCAGUUGGUACAUCGAUGAUCUACCUCCGAUGAUGUUUAUCAAGAACUCGGCCAAUAGUCAUGGCUGGGUGAAUCCCCGCGACGUUGAGGAUAUCUGGAAGGACCACUUUGACUACUUCUAUCGAGAAUAUGAUGAGUUUGUGUUCCCAAUGACAAUUCAUCCUGAUGUCUCUGGUCGGCCUCAUGUGUUGCUCAUGCAUGAAAGAAUCAUCGAGUAUAUCAACCAACACGAAGGAGUGGAAUGGGUAACAUUCGAGCAAAUGAGCGAUGAGUUCAAGAGCAAAAAUAAGCCUCCUGCAGGCGCAUUGAUGCCGUCUGCUCCCGGAGCUAUAGCCAAAGAGAAAUCAUAG